AUGUCCCUUGGAGGAGACACCACCACCGGGACCGCCCCAGAGCAGGGCGCCACUUCACCAAUAUCAGCGCCGCAGACUCAGAGCGAUGAACCGUCGCCACAGGUCCAAGAUGUUCUUUCAUCAGAGAUCGGUAUCUCGGUGAUGUUAAACCGACUGAAGCAGAGCAUUGCUUCGGCCAAGGAGUUUUCCAAUUUCCUGAAGAAACGAUCGGCGCUCGAGGAUGAACAUGCGAAUUCGUUAAAGAAGAUAUGCCGGCAGUCACAAGAGAGUAUGGCCCGAUCCGAGCAUCGUGGCGGAUCUUUUGCGACAGCAUACGAAGAGAUGAUGGUCAUUCACGACCGAAUGGCGGACAACGGGCUGCAGUUUGCUAUGUCCCUGCAUCAGAUGUCCGAGGACCUUCAGGAACUGGCUGCUAUCGCCGAGAAGUCCAGAAAGGGAUGGAAACAAAAUGGCCUAUCUGCCGAACAUCGCGUGGUUGAACUUGAGACGGCUAUGAGGAAGUCCAAAGCCAAGUACGACUCUCUUGCUGAAGAAUAUGAUCGGGCCCGCACCGGAGAUACUACUGGGCGCCAGGGAGGCAAGGUGUUUGGGUUGAGGAGCCACAAGUCAGGCGCACAGCACGAGGAGGAUCUGCUACGAAAGGCCCAAGUUGCGGAUCAAGACUAUCAGACAAAGGUGCAAGUUGCCCAUACCGAACGAAAGGAGCUGCUUGAAAGGACGAGGCCUGAGACGGUCAAGGCGCUGCAAGAUAUCGUCAAGGAGUGUGAUUCGGGGUUAGUGCUGCAGAUGCAGAAAUUUGCCUCGUUCAAUGAAAAACUGGUCCUCAGCAAUGGCCUUAGUAUCAGCCCCUUGAAGAAUGGAUCUGAGGGACGCAGUCUCCGCGAGUCGAUUCUGUCCAUUGAUAACGACAAGGAUUUGAAUGAUUACCUGGCCAGCCAACAUGCCAAGGUGCCGCCAAAGGCUUCUCUGCCGCAGUAUGAACACAAUCAGCUCAUUGAUGCCUCGACUCGUGCUCUAGCAACAACUUACACACAAAAACAGUCACAAACCCCUAGCUCUGCCCAGCCCCCGCUUCCACAACCCGGAAUGUUUCAACAAAACGCGAGGACGAGCACUUUCUCUGAGACUGUUGCCAAUGUCCAAAACCAAGGCCCGUAUGGUCAUAACUAUGGCCAGAGUACCAGCUCGAUUCCCAUAUUAGGUAAUCCCUCCUCUCAAGCACUGCACGAGAGGAGUUUCAGUCACGGGAGCGCAAUGGGACCAGGACCUGGAGCGGCCAGCCAACAACAGUAUGGACAGCGUGGUUCGACGCCCCAACAAACACAACCACCACCUGGGUCGAGAUUUAAUGGAGCAUACAACUCUCCCUCGUCCCGCGACGGGCCUCCACAACUUGGUGCUCUUCCUUUCCAAUCUUCUCAGCCCCAGCAGCCUCAACAAACCAAUUUCAGCCAGCUUCCUUCGCAGCAAACCGCCAGCGGCCCGGUAUCCAACUCACUUCAACAACAUCCGGUCGUCCCUCCGCAAGCUCAUCGGAACUCGCCUCCCAUUGCACCUCAGAUGGCACCAUCUCGUCCCGUGUUUGGUGUCAGUCUCACCAGAUUGUACGAGCGGGAUGGCUUGGCCGUGCCGAUGGUGGUAUAUCAGUGCAUCCAGGCGGUGGAUUUGUUUGGUCUGAACGUUGAAGGCAUCUAUCGACUUUCGGGUUCUGUACCCGCCGUCAACAAGCUCAAGACUCUGUUUGAUACGGACUCGAGCUCCAGCAAUCUCGACUUUAGAAACCCGGAGAACUUCUUCCAUGAUGUCAACAGUGUUGCUGGCUUGUUGAAGCAGUUCUUCCGGGAUCUGCCUGAUCCGCUGAUGACGAGGGAGCAUUACAGUGCCUGCAUUGAUGCAGCUAAAAACGAAGAUGACAUUGUGCGUCGCGACUCGCUCCACGCAAUCAUAAACAACCUUCCGGACCCAAACUACGCCACACUUCGGGCUCUUACUCUGCAUCUUCACAGGGUCAUUGAGAAUUCGGGGGCAAACCGCAUGAGCUCGCAGAACCUGGCCAUUGUGUUCGGUCCCACGCUCAUGGGCACGGCACCGGGGUCGGCCAUAGCGGAUGCUGGCUGGCAGGUGCGUGUUAUUGACACGAUCUUGCAGAACACGUUUCAGAUUUUUGAUGAAGAUGACUGA